AUGAACACGACUAGACACUGGGCUCUUACCUUUCAGCCUGCAUUGCUGAAUGCCACUGGAGAGUUCAAUGAUUCAGCCCUUUACAGCAGCAGGAGUGACAACGGGUUCUGCGAACAAGUCUUCAUCAAGGCAGAGGUCUUCUUGACCUUGGGGAUCAUCAGCCUCUUGGAGAAUAUCCUCGUCAUCCUUGCUGUGAUCAAGAAUGGAAACCUCCAUUCUCCCAUGUACUUUUUCCUUUGUAGCCUGGCAGCUGCAGACAUCCUAGUAAGCAUGUCCAAUGCCUUGGAAACCAUCAUGAUCGCUAUCCUGAGCAACGAGUACUUAAUCAUCGAUGACCGUUUCAUCCAGCACAUGGAUAAUGUCUUUGACUCAAUGAUCUGCAUCUCUUUGGUUGCCUCCAUAUGCAACCUUCUGGCCAUAGCUGUCGACAGGUACAUCACCAUUUUCUACGCGCUCCGUUACCACAGCAUCAUGACUGUGAGAAAAGCCCUGGCGCUGAUUGGAGUUAUUUGGAUCGCGUGCAUCGUUUGCGGCAUCAUGUUCAUUGUCUACUACGAAAGCAAAACUGUCAUUGUCUGCCUGAUCACCAUGUUCUUCACCAUGCUUCUCCUCAUGGCUUCGCUUUAUGUCCACAUGUUCUUGUUUGCGCGCCUGCAUGUCAAACGCAUUGCUGCCCUACCAGUUGACGGGGUCCCCCAUCAGCGCACUUGUAUGAAAGGGGCUGUUACCAUAACUAUUCUCCUCGGGGUCUUCAUUGUCUGCUGGGCACCGUUUUUCUUACAUCUCAUUCUCAUAAUCUCCUGCCCAACAAACCCACACUGUGUUUGCUACACAUCUCAUUUCAACACGUACCUGGUCCUUAUUAUGUGUAACUCUGUCAUUGAUCCUCUUAUUUAUGCAUUCCGCAGUCUGGAGAUGCGCAAGACAUUCAAGGAGAUAGUUUGCUGCUGUGAUGGCAUGAGCUCUGGCCAAUGCAUGCUCUAA